UGAUCCCAAAAACUCAUUCACAACACAACACAACCCUCCCACUCUCACUGCCCUUAAACCAAUUACCUCUAAAGCCUCUCAAUCCUAUAACCUUCAAAUCAUCAUCAUCAUCAUGGCCAUCCGAUCAAAAUCAGGCAGCAGAGGGCUCCCCCAAGCGGCGGUGCUAAAGCAAAUCCUGAAGAGAUGCUCUAGCCUGGGUAAGAAACACAAUAACGAAGACUACGACGAACAAGGCCUCCCUCUAGACGUACCCAAGGGACAUUUUGUGGUGUACGUUGGGGAGAAUCGAAGUAGAUACAUUGUUCCAAUCUCAUUCCUCAGUCGUCCUGAGUUUCAAUCCUUACUUCAUAAAGCCGAAGAGGAGUUUGGCUUCGAUCACGAUAUGGGUCUCACCAUUCCUUGCCAAGAAGACGUUUUCCUCUCUUUAACUUCAACUCUCAGAUGAACCAACCAAUGAAUGACUGAAUGAAUAAACCAUCAUUAAAACGACGUGUCGUUCGUUUUAACCCCUCACGGCCUCAACUCUCUAUAAUAUUAGUAUUAGUAUUAGUAUUAGUAUUAGUACUAUUAUUUUUCUUUUUUCUCUUUUUUUUUUGAAAAAAAAUGGGAAUAAAAUAUGUGAAGAAGAGGUUUCUUCUUUAUUUUUAUUUUUUUCUCCCUAUUUUUUUUCUUUUUUUUUUUUGUUGGAGUGGGGAUUAGUAUUAAUUUUACAGUGAUUCUGACCCAAAAAGAAGAAAACCCAUUAGUAGUACUAUUUAAUAGGUGGGUUUGAACUUUAGAAUGUAAAAUUGUAAUUUAGAUAUAAUUAUAUAUAUAUAUAUAUAUAUAUGUUUGAGAUUUUCCUCACGGCGGUGUAGGCCAGGACCUGUACUGGUCAUUGAUACCCUGUGAGAGAACUAAUGUUAAGGAUCGCUCUAUUUUUCUUAUAAAUUUUUGUCUGUUAUUUUA